AUGGCCGACAGAUCAGUAAACCGACCUGUUGGCAUUCUGUAUGAUGUGUUGGUAAAGGUCUCAAAUUUCAUAUUCUUUGCAGACUUCAUCAUUUUGGACUGUGAGGUGGACUUCGAGGUGCCCAUAAUCUUAGGUCAACCUUUUCUCAUAAUUAGAAGUGUGUUGAUUGAUUUGAGAGCGAAUGAGCUCUUAUUCAGGGUAAACGAUAAAGAGGUACAGUUUGAUGUGGGCAAAUCAAUGAAGCAGCAUGAGGAAAUAAAUGUGUUCUUAGUGAUUGAUAUGUAUUUUGAGGAUGAACAGGAUGUGCUGAUUUGGAAGAACAACAGGUUCUAUCGAAGAUUUAUAAAAGAUUUCUCCAAAGAUGCAAAUCCACUUUACAAGCUGUUGGAGAAGGAGGUGAAAUUCCUAUUCAAUGACGAAUGCUUGAAGGCAUUUGAGUGCCUUAAAAAGAAGCUGAUUGAGGCCCCUAUUGUUAUUGCACCUGACUGGGAAAAACCAUUUGAAAUAAUGUGUGAUCUGGUCUAUGGAAAAGCGUUCCAUUUGCUAAUAGAGCUGGAACACAAGGAUUUAUGGGUACUCAAGAGGUUGAAUUUAAAUUGGAAGGAAGCAGCAGAGAUGAGACUAGGGAAACUGAAUGAGAUGGAUGAAUUCUGUCUCAGGGCGUAUAAAUGA